AUCUAACAAACGUGACAGUUUCGUGUGUCCGACUUUCAGCUUGGGUAGAUGCAGGUCAGCGCAUUAGUGGCUGACAAGUAUUAUACUUUCAGAGGUUGAGUGUCUCUGAUUGCGUCUAUUAGCUCAAAGAUGGCCGGGAGCCGGCUGUUGUCCACUCGCUGGACCCUAUUGCUUUCCUUGGUCAUCCUACUCGGGUGUCUGAUCAUGCCCGGAGUUUCUGUAAAGCACGAGAAUUUCAAGAAAUGCUCUCAGUCUGGAUUCUGUAAACGAAACAGGGCAUACGCCGACGACGCUACCGCCAAGGGCUCAGCUUGGAGCUCUCCAUAUGAGCUUGACUCCUCGUCUAUUCACUUCAAAAAUGGCCAAUUACAAGGAAUUAUUCUCAAAUCGAUAUCUGCAGAGGAAAAGGUGAAGUUGCCUCUCGUCGUAUCCUUCCUCGAGUCUGGGGUUGCUCGAGUCGUUAUCGAUGAAGAGAAGCGCUUGAAGGGGGAAAUCGACCUUCGCCACGAUAGUCAGGCUCGCAAGGAGAGAUAUAAUGAAGCAGAAAAAUGGGUUUUGGUUGGUGGCUUAGAAUUGAGCAAAUCUGCGAUCCUGGAUUCCAUAUCGGAGACCGGAGUUACCAGAGUUCUGUACGGACCAGGAAAUGGUUACCAAGCAGUCAUUCGUCACUCCCCGUUUAGGGUAGAGUUCCAGAGAGAUGGGCAGACACAUAUUCAAUUGAACAACAAAGGAUACUUGAACCUAGAACACUGGCGACCGAAGGUUGAUGCUGUGGAAGGUGACGGUGAGCAUAAUUCUGCAUCUCAAGAAGACGAGAGUACCUGGUGGGAAGAGACGUUCGGUGGAAAUACAGAUUCGAAACCUAGAGGGCCUGAGAGUGUGGGAUUAGAUAUCACCUUCCCUGCGUACAGCCAUGUUUUUGGAAUCCCAGAGCAUGCUGAUUCCCUGUCCUUAAGAGAGACCAGGGGCGGCCCGGGAAACCAUGAAGAGCCUUACCGCAUGUACAAUUCAGAUGUGUUUGAAUAUGAACUCAAUAGUCCCAUGACUUUAUAUGGCUCAAUUCCACUCAUGCAGGCACACCGACCGGGCUCUACCGUUGGUGUGUUUUGGCUGAACGCUGCUGAGACAUGGGUGGACAUUGUUAAGUCAACAUCCUCAGCCAACCCCCUCUCUUUGGGGGUGGGCUCAAAAACCGAUACUCAAAGUCAUUGGUUCUCCGAAUCUGGACAAAUCGACUUGUUUGUCUUCCUAGGGCCCACACCACAGGAUAUCAGCAAGAAAUAUGGAGAACUCACUGGCUAUACUCAGCUGCCUCAACAUUUCGCUAUCGCGUACCACCAGUGCCGCUGGAACUACGUCACCGACGAGGACGUGAGAGAUGUUGAUCGCAAUUUCGACAAGUACCAGAUUCCAUAUGAUGUUAUCUGGCUCGACAUUGAGUAUCUAGAUGACAGGAAGUAUUUCACCUGGGAUCCGCUCACCUUUCCAAACCCGACUGGUAUGGAGGAGCAGCUUGAUGGCUCUGACCGCAAGCUCGUUGUGAUAAUCGACCCUCAUAUCAAGAACAAGGAAAAAUACACCAUCUCUGAAGAACUCCAGAGCAAGAAACUUGCCACUCGAAACAAGGAUGGUGAGAUUUAUGAGGGUUGGUGUUGGCCAGGGUCAUCCCAUUGGGUGGACUGUUUCAAUCCGGAGGCUGUCAAGUGGUGGGAAGGCCUGUUCAAGUACGACAAGUUCAAGGGUACACUUCCAAAUGUCUUCAUUUGGAACGAUAUGAACGAGCCGUCCGUGUUCAACGGCCCGGAAACUACGAUGCCCAAAGACAACCUACACUAUGGCAACUGGGAGCACCGAGACAUCCACAAUGUUAACGGUAUCACUUUCGUGAAUGCGACAUACGGUGGUAUGCUGGAACGUAAGAAAGGAGAGAUUCGCCGGCCAUUCAUUCUGACACGGUCUUAUUAUGCUGGAGCCCAACGGAUGUCCGCCAUGUGGACUGGUGACAAUCAGGCAACCUGGGAGCACCUGGCCAUUUCUCUCCCCAUGGUUUUGAAUAAUGGUAUCUCCGGGUUCCCCUUCGCAGGAGCUGAUGUUGGUGGCUUCUUCCACAACCCGAGCAAGGACCUUCUCACACGGUGGUACCAAACAGGUAUUUGGUAUCCUUUCUUCCGUGCGCACGCACAUAUCGAUACUCGCCGGCGCGAGCCAUACUUGAUCAGUGAGCCUCACCGAUCGAUCAUCGCCCAGGCCAUUCGCUUGAGAUACCAGCUCCUACCUGCCUGGUAUACCGCAUUCCAGGAAGCGUCGGUUAAUGGAACGCCGAUUGUGAGACCUCAAUUCUAUGUUCAUCCUUCGGACGAAGCAGGCUUCACCAUUGAUGACCAGCUGUACCUUGGCUCUACUGGUAUCCUCACGAAGCCGGUUGUCUCUGAGGGAGCCACUACUGUAGACAUUUACCUUGCUGAUGACGAGAAGUAUUAUGAUUAUUUCGAUUACACGGUUUAUCAAGGGGCCGGUAAGAGACACGAGGUUCCUGCGCCUCUUGAAAAGGUACCCGUGUUGAUGCAGGGUGGCCAUGUCAUUCCUCGCAAGGACCGGCCACGCCGCAGUAGUGGACUGAUGAAAUGGGAUCCAUACACGCUUGUUGUCGUCUUGGAUAAGAACGGCGAGGCAGAUGGCACGCUGUAUGUGGAUGACGGUGAGACGUUUGAUUACGAAAGAGGAGCGUAUAUCCAUCGUCGUUUCCACUUCCACGACUCCGCUCUGUCGUCCGAGGACAUCGGAACCAAGGGUGCCAAGACGGAUGAGUACGUGAAAACAAUAGCAAGCGUUCGAGUUGAGAGGGUAGUGGUAAUUGAUCCACCCCAAGAGUGGCAGGAAAAGGCCACUGUGACCAUUAUUGAGGACGGUGCCCAGGCUGCAUCCACGGCAGCCCUGGAGUUCCAUGCCCAGCCGAACGGCCAAGCCUCAUAUGCUGUGGUAAAGAACCCCAAUGUUGGGAUUGGAAAGACCUGGAGGAUUGAGUUUUAAGCUGGUCAGAAUAGAAGUAUGUAGACCGGGUUAUUUAUUUAUUUAUUUUUCUAUUUAUUUAGUUCUUGAUUGAUUGAAGUAUGGAUUAGAUAUAUGAUUCGUACAGAAUCAAAACAAUCCAUAGUGUUAUACUAAUUAAUCAAGCAAAUUUAAAGGUCCAGGUGGAGCCGGC